AUGGAUCAAUAUCCUGACGAAAAUGAAGAAUUCGAAUUGCAAUACCAAGAAGAGUUGGAGUUGAUGGAUGAGUUUGCGGAGCAAAAUGGUAUGUAACCCAUAUUCCCCACACGAUCGGAAUAUGUUUAAUAUGUAUAUUUAUUUAUAGAUUUUGUACCCGUUGUAAACAACAAAACUAUUGUAAAUCCCAAACCUGCCCUCUCACAAAGUACUCUGAAUUCUCCACAAUUGUCGCAGAUCAGUUUCAAUGCCGAUGAUUCGCAAUUGUCUUCAUUGGGGGCUGGUGGUGGUGGGCCAGUUAAUCGUCGUCUGUUUGGAACACCCAAACAACCACCUACUCGUGGAGCCUCAACACCCUUUAUAAGCAAACAAAAGCAAAUGGCUCCCAUACAGGAAGUGGUCGACUUAAACGGUCUUGAACAUGAAGAAGAAUUGGAUAUGGGUCCAUCGACUGCCAACAGAGCUCUUGAGGAAUUACAAAAAGCCAAUAAUAAACGUAAACGUUUGGAGAGAGAUUUAUUUGGUGACAUCGCUGACAUAUUUGGCGACGACACGUAUGAAGAUCCGGAAGCCAAAAAGGCUCGCACCGAAGAAGAAAGAGAUAUGGAAGCUAUAGAAAAAAUUUUGGAGACCCGUCGUAAAUUACGUGAACAAAGUAAAGCUGUUAGACCAGACAGUUUGGCUCGUCUAGAAGCAUUGCAUGCUUUUAAAAUGCGCAAUCUCUCCUACAAUAUUCCGCAGUGGCCAUUUUUGCCUUUGCGUCGUAGUGAUGAUGAACGUGUUUAUGUUCGAUUCCAUUCGGAGGAAUAUGAGACAAAGGCCAUUAAUGAAAUAAGUGCUGCCUCUGGACUUGGUGGUUUGUUGGGCGAGCAUAAAGAGAAAAUCUGGGAGGAAGCCAAUGAAUUGGUUCUAAAGCGACUCAGCUCGAAUAAGGAUGUGGCAAACGAGGAACAUGCUCCCAUUGUUGUGGAGCCGGUAUCAAAUGAAGAUUCGCGUCUUUGGGUGGAGAAAUAUAAACCUCGCAAAUAUAUUGAUCUCUUAUCGGAUGAAAUGACAAAUCGAUCGCUGUUGUAUUGGCUGAAAAUGUGGGACAAAGUGGUUUUUGGCAAAGAAUUCAAAGCAUUGCAGGCCAAUGCUGCCAAUAAUGGUGAAGUGAAUAGCUUUAAUAAACGUACAGGGAAGUUCGAAUCGAAUGGUGGCUGGAGGGCCCGCAAAUCAAAACAGUUCCUCAAUACCAAUGUCGAUGAAAUGGGAAGACCCGUACAAAAGGUAGCUUUACUUUGUGGUCCUCCUGGUUUGGGUAAAACAACAUUGGCCCAUACCAUUGCCCGCCAUGCAGGUUAUAAUGUGCGCGAAGUGAAUGCUUCGGAUGAUCGCAGCCCUGAAGCGUUUAAAUUGGCCCUAGAAAAUGGUACACAAAUGUCUUCUGUUAUGAAUGAAAGCAAGAAACCGAAUUGUAUAAUAUUGGAUGAAAUCGAUGGUGCACCACGUCAAUCAAUUGAAUUUCUAGUUAAAUUUGUCACUGACAGUGUGCCCGUCAAGGGCAAAGGCAAGGGUGCUGGCAAAGGAGCUCACAAUAUUCUCAAACGCCCAAUUAUAUGUAUUUGUAAUGAUAUUUAUGAUCCUGCCUUAAGACCGUUGCGUCAAAUAGCUUUCGUUGUUACAUUCCCGCCAAUUGACUCAUCACGGCUGGCUGAGCGUUUAGUGCAGGUCGCGCAAAAUGAAAGAAUGAAAACAGAUUUUGGUUCAUUAAUAGCUUUGGCUGAAAAGUCUGGCAAUGAUGUGCGCUGUUGUAUCUCUACAAUGCAAUUUUUUAAUGCUCAGAAGAAGGGUUUGACUCUUCAAGAUGUGCUUAACAAUAAUCUGGGUCAAAAAGACAGACAUCAAGGCCUAUUUGAAGUUUGGGGUGCCAUUUUUAGGAUUCAAAGACCGAAAAAACAAUUGACCCAAGCUCGCGGCGAUGAAGAGGCUCAAGUCACAAUGACGGACAUGUCGAUGAGUACACGUGUACGUCAUGUUCUUGAUGUGGUACAUUCUGGCGGUGAUUAUGAACGGCUAAUGCAAGGUGUUUAUGAAAAUUAUUUACAACAAAAAAUGCCCGAUCCAAAUCUAAAUGGAAUUGUCGAGGCUAACCAAUGGUUUUGUUUCUCCGAUACACUGCAACGACAAAUACAACAGCAACAAAAUUAUACUGUAUAUCCUUAUCUGCAGUAUGGCUUUGUGAUAUGGCACAUGUUAUUCGCCUCACUGGCUUGGCCUAAAAUAAAUUUCCCCAGCAAAUCGUUUGAGUUUAAUCAAAAGCAAACCAACCAGAAAAAUAUUUUCCAAUCUUUGAGAAAAUCCUUUACGUGUGGUGCUAUUGGUGUGGGUCAGGGUCAUGUUGUGCUGUUGGAAACAGUUCCAUUGCUUAAGAGAAUACUAUCACCUCAAUUGAGAUCAGUGGCUGUACAAUUGUUAUCUCAAAAAGAACAAAGUGAUUUGAAACAUUGCGUGGAAAUUAUGGCUGAUUUAGGUAUUACCUAUCACCAAGUAAAAUCAGCCGAAGGUCCAUAUAUUUUCCGUAUGGAACCCGAUUUAGAUGCAUUGGCACAAUUCCCUGGUUUCCAGGGUGUUACUCUCUCCUAUUUUGGCCGUCAAUUGGUUGCACGAGAAGUUGAACUGGAACGUAUACAUCGUUCCACGCCGAAAGCUAUCGAAUCAAAUGACAAAGCUCAACAACAAAAGGCCAAGAAAGCACAAGAAAUUAAAGCGCCUGCCAAACCUAACACAAAUGCCACCUCACCUACAAAUUUACCCAAUCAUUUGCAACGUUUAAAACCAAAACGCAUCGAGAGUUCAAAGGCAGCCAGCGAAACGGUCACCAAGGAUUUCUUUGGACGCAUACAACGUAAAACACCAGCACAAAAACUGGCGGAGGAACCUAAAUCUGAUCCAAUUGUCAAGAGUCCAAUUUGGUAUCGAUACAAGGAGGGUUUCAAUAAUGCCGUACGCAAAGAUAUUCAUAUGAAUGAAUUGUUGUAA